UCAUCACAUGUCAUAAAAGUGUGAUGUUGCUACUUCCUCCAUUGGUCACUGUGAGCUUUUCUUUUUCCUCCUUCCUUCCCCCCCUUCUUUAGCAGAAUUGUCACAUGAGAGCGCUCACUUGCAGUAUACUGCUUCAUCUCACAUGAACUUUCUCAUUCAGACUUUUGGAGAAUUUAUUGUUUAGGAGUUUGUCACAUGACAAAAUCUAGUUGGGGUUUUGUUUUUGGUCUAGGAAGUGGUUACAGUUAAAAGUAGUGUUUUUCUGGGUUCCUGGAUCCCCUUCUAAAUUUUUUUGACCAGCUGCGUUAUAUAACUAUAAUUUAUGGGGUCUUGUUCCCUUUCCUCCUUCAUAGGCUUCAUUGGGUUCUGUUUCAACUUUUGCCCUCCCCAAUGAAAAUUUGACCUUUAGCUCUUCUCUCUUUCUCUCCUGCUCCCACCCUAUUAUAAUGUUCACACAACACAAGUUUGCUUUGGAUUUACAACACUAGGAGGACUGAGGCAGUUGGUUGGUUAAGUGGAAAGGAAAGAUCGGGUGUAUAGAUUUCUUCUGUUGGGAAAUUCUGUUUCGCUUUAGAUUUGUUUCUUUGGCUAAGAACUUGUUGUGGUUGAAAUGGUGAAGCUUAGUUUGGGCAGGGUGCUAGACAGGUUUUGCCUUUCUUCUACUGGCUCAAGUUCUUGUUUCUGCAUGAACUCCAUGGAAAACGAAGACGAGUUUGAAAGAAGUCCAUUGGUAACCGGUGAGAAAGAUGAGUUUCUGAGACUGAAGGAUGUUGUUGCUGGAAAACAGACACUGGCGUUUCAAUUGAAGCCCAAGAUUGUGAUGUUAAGGGUCUCCAUGCACUGCAAUGGCUGUGCCAGAAAAGUCGAGAAACAUAUCUCAAAGAUUGAAGGAGUGACAUCGUACAAAGUAGACUUGGAAAGCAAGAUGGUGGUUGUGAUUGGAGAUGUUCUUCCUCACGAAGUGCUCGAGAGUGUCUCGAAGGUUAAAAAUGCAGAGAUUUGGAACUCCCCAUGCUGAUGGCCAUGAACAAUAUACACAUAUAUAAAUAAAUAAAUAAAUAAAUAAAUAUAUAAAUAUAUAUGUGUCCAUUGUCAUAAUGUACACUAUAUAAUAUACCGCCCGCAUUUUUCAGGCUCAGGCCUCUCUCUAUUCUAUAUCAUAUAUGCAAGUUCUUGUCAAUGGCUUGUCAUCUUUGAUUGUACGCUCACAUUGUAUAUUAUCAGUUUCAGAAGGGCUGAAGCCCCCACUUUGCCGUUCU